AAAAGGAGGCAUGAAAUAGAUGGGAGACCAGGGCUUUUCAGAGCCUCUUAUCUGAUUGUGGAAACAGCACUUAAGAGCCCUUGCCCCCGCGCCACUGCAGCUGAACCUUGGCACUUCAGGGCACCAACUUUACCCGGCUCGGCUCGCAGCGUGAGAAAGUUUUGCACACCACCGCUCUGACCGGGCGAAGGGGGAUCGGGUAGUUUUCAUCUCAGGUUCCACCACCCGUCCAGCCAACGUGGACCCAGCCUGCGAACUGUGCCUCUUCCCCGGGGCUCAAGGCUUCUCCAGUAUUUGGAGUGCACCGGGGAGAAAGACUGAAAAGUGAGCCCAGGAAUCAGAAGGGCUAAUAAACACACUCCGGUGUCCCUGGUGGAGAUAGAGGGCAGGAUCUCAAUCACAAAAAUCCCAUGGUGAUCAUUGAAUGAAACAUUUAACAUUCCUAGAGGUAACAGCGAAUAGAAACUGCCCCUCGUCUCCCUUCCGUACGGUUGGCUAAAGUGGCAAACAUUCAUUAGCUUUAAUAAUAAAUUACUUAGUAAUACAUUAUCCAACCCAGCAAUCCACAUACAGGCUGCGUGUCUGUCUGCCUGUCUUAUCCAGCUGCUGUCCACGCUCAGUCCCAACGGCCCUCGUUUGAGUCUGAUCUCAGCCCAUCCGGAGGUGGCUCCUAACCAUGUCCCAUCCCUUAUGCCCUCUCUUCCAGAUGACUUCUGCCACUAAGGUGUAUUACAGCCAGACCACCCAGACCGACAGCCGCCCCCUCAUUGGCUCCGGCCUGCGCAAACGGCGCGUGAUGACCAAGGACGGCCGGAGCAACGUGCGGAUGGAGCACAUUGCUGACAAGCGGUUCCUCUAUCUCAAGGACUUGUGGACCACCUUCAUUGACAUGCAGUGGCGCUACAAGCUGCUGCUCUUCUCUGCCACCUUUGCCGGCACCUGGUUCAUCUUCGGGGUGAUCUGGUACCUGGUGGCCUUGUUGCAUGGGGACCUACUGGAGUUCGACCCCCCGGCCAACCACACCCCAUGUGUCAUGCAGGUACACACGCUGACUGGGGCGUUCCUCUUCUCCCUGGAGUCCCAGACCACCAUUGGCUAUGGCUUCCGCUACAUCAGCGAGGAAUGCCCCUUGGCCAUUGUGCUGCUCAUCAGCCAGCUGGUUCUCACCACCAUCAUGGAGAUCUUCAUCACCGGCACUUUCCUGGCCAAAAUUGCCCGUCCCAAGAAGAGAGCUGAGACCAUCAAGUUCAGCCAGAAUGCGGUGGUAGCCCAACACAAUGGCAAGACCUGCCUGAUGAUCCGAGUGGCCAACAUGCGCAAGAGCCUGUUAAUUGGCUGCCAGGUGACCGGCAAGCUGUUAAACACCUACCUCACCAAGGAAGGGGACUGCAUCCGGCUCAACCAGGUCAAUGUGGACUUUCAGGUGGACACGUCUUCCGACAGCCCCUUCCUCAUCCUACCCCUCACCUUCUACCACGUGGUGGAUGACUCCAGUCCCUUGCGGGACACAGCCCUGCGCACGGGUGAAGGAGACUUCGAGCUGGUGGUGAUCCUUAGCGGCACAGUGGAGUCGACCAGCGCCACCUGCCAGGUGCGCACCUCGUACCUGCCUGAGGAGAUCCUGUGGGGCUACGAGUUCAGCCCGGUCAUCUCCCUCUCGGCCAGCGGCAAGUACGUGGCUGACUUCAGCCUGUUUGACCAGGUGGUCAAGGUGUCGCCCCUGUGCUGUGUCCACGAGACAGUGCGGUUCGGGGACCCCGAGAAGCUGAAGCUGGAGGAGACCUUCCGGGAGAAAGCAGAGCGGGGGGGCAGCCCCCUGAGCGUCCGCAUCAGCAACGUCUGAUCCUGCCCACCCAACACUGAGCUCCAAGGAGAAUCACUUCAGCCUUUUUUAGCUGGUUGUUUCCCCUGGUGUCUUUAUUUCUUUCUUUCUUUCUUCAUCUCUCCUUCCUUCUUUCAUUCAUUUUUUCCCCCUUUCCUUUCCUUCCAUGUCUCACGGGGCAACUCCAGUGCAUCCACCAGAGGAUGGCAGCUUUAGUUCCCCCAAAGGUGCCACUCCUGCUCUCGCUAGUUCCAGGAGCCCCGGGGCCCAAGGGAGCAGCUGGGAUGCAACUCUUUCUUUCCCCUUGCCAAAGCGUUUUCCAGUCCCUCCUUUUCAGUAGCGUGGUGAUGGCAACAUGACUGUCUGGGAGCACCAGGGCCUCCUGGGGGACAGCUGGUCACCAGCCAGGAAGACUGCAUCCUCCCACCACAGAACACUGAUUCUGCAGGGUGUGAGGGGGGAUAACUCUGCCUUCAAACUGACCCCGUCCUCACCAUGCAGGCUCAAGCCUAAUGCCCACCUAACCUGCCAGAAAAAGACAGGGACAGUGCCAGGUGGCUCC